AUGCCAGUUGGAUACAAAUAUCACGUAGAAUGGGGAAUGCUAUUGUAUUGUCAUCCGAUACAAAGUAGAUGGGGUCGAGUGAGACACGCUUCCCCAGCGUUACGUGAGGCGUUGCGGUUAUUACGAGACGCGUGGCCCGAGCCUCGGGCACUUACAGACCGCUGGAAAGCGGUGAGUGAAGAUUCGUGUAGAUCGUUUGAAAAAAACGUGCGAAACAUGUGGGGGAACGAAGUGCCAGCGCGUGCUUCUGCCUCACCCGGUCUUCUGCGUCGCCGCUACUCCGUGCCUGAGACUAUUAUGAGAAAGUAUCGGUUAGCUCAACAACGAUCAGAGGGUGAAGGCGAUGAAACAGGUCGUUGGAGUGCAUCCGGCGCAGCGGCGGGUACGCGGAAUUCCUGUGCAUGGUGUGGUGCAAGAGCUGGAGCAAGACGCGAGAGAGAACACAUGCGAAAAUCUGCACUAUUACGCUUAUGGGGUAGAGCUGGAGCUUCACCUGCUCGUACAUGUCCUUGUGUUCCAUGCCCACCAUGUGGAACGCGAUCUCUGGACGCAUCACAUUCAGAAUUACAUAGUUCACCACGACGGCUACGUCUUGAUUCACGUGAUCGUCAUUCUGAUGGCUCAUCUGGCUCACCAGCGCGUGCUGCAUCUUCUUGCACUGAUCCAAUACCAGAUAUUGCUAGAGAAGCAUCACCGAGAAGAAUUACUGAAACACGGAUAGUUAGAACACCCGUUGAUAGUCCAGUAUUUCAUAUAGAUACUACUGAUCGUUCCCUAACGUCUUCAUCAGAUGUUUUCACAACAUCUAUGCCAACGAUGAAAGAAAAUGUUUAUAAACCUACAGAGCCGUAUACCCGUAUUUCCACAAGUGAACAUAUAGAUGGCCGAGUAAGUGAAAGAUCAGUUAGCGCCGAAAAUGAUGAAAGUAAUAUUGUACCAUACGCUCGACCACUGACAUUGGAAACACCUUCUUAUGACGUUCUAGAGAUUAUUGUGUCAGAAACUGUGGACGUUAGACCAAUACCAGCUUUAAAAAAUGGGUCGCCUGAAAAAAUUGUACCGCCAGGAAACAUACAGCAGUUAAAAAAUCCCGUAUCGAAUAGUAAAAAAUCCAACAUGGAUUUAGAUGAAUAUGUUUCAAAUAUUUUAGUGGAAAGCUUAAAUUCCUUAACAGAUCAACUUGAAUCUAUGAAUGCAUCAAUAGGUAGUGACCGAAAAUUGAGCAUUGUAGAGAAAGAAAUAAAGGUUAAAUUACAGAACACUGGUGUUAAUACCAUCGUACAUUUGAGUCCAACCUCUAACAACCAAAUUAUAUUCGGUAAUGAGGAAUUAUAUGAAAGUGAUGGAAGACGAGAUAAUUGCAAUAAUCCUCAUGACUCUGGUGGUGUUAAUAUAAGAGAAGAUGCACUUAGUAUUGAAACUAAUAAUAACUUAACAUCUGCUGAUAGUUUGCGAAACAAUGAUACGGCACGUUCUCAUGAUAAAUCUAAGUCUGAAAAUUUUUUAAACAUCUCAAAUGAAACAGUAAAUAAAGCAGUGUUACAGCAAAUUCAAAAAUUAUUCCAAGAGGAUCUACAAAAUAUAGAACCAGAAAUGAAUUCGCCAGAUGGUCCACUACCAGGAAUUUCGCAUAUUGAAAUUUCCAACGUUGACGUUUUUAUAGAUAAUAAUGGAGGCUCGUAUUCUAAUAGCGACACUAUAGAAAUGCAAACAAAACGAAAUUCAGGAAUCCAAGUUUUAGGUGGUGUAGGUACUGGAAACUAUUAUCAAGAAGCAGAUGAUAAUGCUAUUGUUCCUAGAUUUUCUGCUUUUCCACAUACCGAAUCAAUGGAAGUUAAUACGUCAUCUUCAGAGGACGCAGAACUAUUAGGAUCCGAGUGUACCAGUCUUGUUGAUAGUUUAGACGAUCCAAAUUCUCCACGUUCAAUUUUACUUCGAAGAUCCUACAGUAAUAAUAAAAGAAGUGAACUAGUAAGAUCAGCUAUAGAUGUUUUAGACCUACUUCCUGAAGACGCUAAUCAAAGCCGUACUAAUUCUCCAAAAGAAAAAGGAGAAUCAUUUUUCGUAAGAAUAAGAGAUGAUGAUUGCGAUUGUGAAAAGGAGAAUAUAGUAGUUGCUGAUCACAUGCCGGAAACAAUAAAACAGAGGCUAUAUAGACGACAUAGAAAAAGAGAAAUGCGUAUGGAAUGUGCUCGUCGCAGCAAAGUCAAACAACUGAAAAGGGAUUUAGAAUCCCAAAAUCGAAAAGAAAUAUAUAAAACUAAACGAGAAAUUGAGAGGGAAUGUAUGGUUAUAAUUAAUUCAGUGAUUGACGAUGUAAUUGCAAAAAUAGCUCAAGAUGAAUAUAAAUGUAUGCGUAUCAGUCAAAAAGGAAAACUAGUCGCAACAAAAUCAGAUGAGAAUCUUUUAAAGAAGCAAUGGAAAAAAGAUAGUGAAAAUAAUAAUAACAGAAGUUCUCGAAAAUUAAUAAAAAAUAAUAUUUCUCAUUCAUGUUCAGACAAUCUUGAUAAAGAUAAUAGGAAAUCUGAAAGACUUAUACGAGGAAAACUGUCUUUACAAACACACCCGCCUUUGUCACCAGAUGAUAGUGGUCCUAAGAGAAUAUACCAAAAAUCAGAAAUACAUGAUGGUAAUAAGUGUAUAGAGAUUUUGGAAAUACUUGAGUACGUUAAUAGUUCGCAAAAUUCAGACACAACUACAUCAGAUGAAAAUCAUAAUCUUAGUUCAAGAAAUAGGAAAUCCCGAAUUCCUGUUCCGGUGAAUGAAAAAGUUCAAAGGACACCUAAAGUCAGUUCACAAAGAAAUCAUAAAAGUAAUAACAGCAGGCGAACUCCUCCGAUUCUCUCACGCGAUAGAAACGGUAAGAGUCAUUUGCUGGCGAACAUGCUUUUUGAUGCAUUGAGUGACGAAAACUCUGCACAUGACAUACCUUCACGCCGAGCUUCAGUGCCCUGCGAAUCACGUGCUAGAUCGAAUUCUCUGCGUUUCAAAAAUGUAUUUGAUAUCAUACCUGAAGAACGGAGUAGUCUUAGCUUGGAGUCAACUGGGGAUGAUUCGGCAUAUAAUCGCCGAGCUUCAGCUCCGAGUCUUAGCGAAUUCCAUUCUACAGAUCAAGAUGAGAAACGACCUGCCGAAUCGAAAAAGUAUCGAGAAAUGAGAUGCGCAGACAUGAAAAAUGCCGGGACUUCACCUAUGCCAGAUGUAUAUCGAGCUCAGUUGGUUAACGUCGGGGCAAUGACAUCGCCCAUUCGCAAAUCGGCUGGGACGAGUCCUAUAAGAAUAACCAGUGGGGAGUCUAGGAUACACAGUGAACCGGCGCACAAGCAUCACCAACAGCCAAAACUCGCCAAGCGAGUCCAAAAACAUGAAGAAGGUUCUUCAAGACAAAAGUCCGUAUCAUCGCAGUAUGAGCCGACCCGUCGAUUACGAGGUGGACAUAGCGGCAAUGAUGCAAUUCCUUCAAUAUUUCGUCUUAAACGUGGUAAAAGGAAUAAUAAACAAAGUUUAGAAUCGAAUUCAGUCUCUGAAAGACGAUCGUCUGGAGAGGCUUCUGUAGGAGAACGAGCUAAAAAUCGUUCGAGAAACAUUUUGGGUUUGCCAAGAAAAGAGAAGAAUGGUGAAGAAAGAAAGCAAAAGGGCUUAGAGGGAAGAGAAGGAGAGGGAGAAGAAUGGAGUUCGAGUGAAUCCAGUGGCAGUUUGCUAUGUUCACUAGCACCUGCUUGGUUGACUGCGCGUCGACGUCGUCGUCGCGCUGCGCCUUCAGGCGAAUGGGCUGUAACAGUAGCGGGUUCAUGUCCGGCAGCAUUACCCAAUGACGUAGAGAUGCGUUUACGGUUCCCUGAUCCUCGCCGACGUAAUUCUACCUCCUCGGAACAGACACCACGACCCCCACCCCCAUUACCAUCUGCCUGCCAUCGCGCCGUAGAUUGCGGCGCGCAAUGUACGCAAGGCGGACGCACGCGUCGUGGCAUUGACGAUGCGAGUAGACUCACGCUUACAGUUAAAAAGGAGGCUUCAGAUUCUUCAAUAGUUGCUUCGAAGAGUGUGAAGAAGUCAUCUGAUUUAUUGCCUGAUCUACAUACAUAUCGCGCCUCACGAAGUAAAACAAGAAGUUCUGUGAAGACGCGGCGGGGGUACUCCCUACAUUGCUGGCUUCCAGAAGACGAGCCUACGCCAAUAAGAGCACGUAAUGGUUUAGCUGUGGAAGGCAACGCUAUAGUGCCUCAUCGCAAACCGAGAGUGCCAUCUAUGAGUGAACGCGAUCUUACUCGAGGAUUACCUUCUCGUCACUACCUACCGUUACAUUUACGAAAUAUUUUC